GUGGGCACAAUUAAGGGCACAGACUUCGCUAGAGUUAGACACGCGUUGUGUAAACGGUGAAAUCAACUAUUAGCAAUCAGCAAUACGCGCUAACAACAUAUAUUCAGACAUAUGUUUCGUGUGUGUCAAAUAGUAGUUUACGAAAUUGUUGAGAAGUGUUGACAGUUUACUACUGCUAGCGAAGAAUACUAGUUGUUUUUUUUUAUUGAAUCGACUUAAUUCCUUUAAUUAAAGCGCUUUGGUGACAUGAAUUAAAACUCACCCGAAAGCGGGAUCGCUGCAAAAAUGUGCAUAUCUACGUAAAUGGAAAAAAUUUGCGCAGAUCUGUGUGUAUAAGGAAUGCGGUACAGAGACUUUGAAUGGCCGAACGUCUGAAUAAUCAAUUGCGACCGUUCUGCGAUAAAUGCAAUUAAUUAAUUUACAACAAUUUAAUUUUGUGGCCUGCAAAAGCUUCGGAGUGUUUAGUGUAGCGCCACAGCUAUCAAUUGCUUGCAGUUAUAUUAAUUGGUUUUGAUUUAAUUUUCACGCGCACAUUGAUCAGUUCCAUUUGGAUUAAUCGCAUAGCGAAUAUAAGUAUACGGGUAGACAUAUGUAUACCUGAUAGCUAAUUGAUUGAUCCUAUAUCUAAGGUGAAAUCGCUUGAAUUUUCAAAAGCACCUGCAAUAAUGACAUCGUCUAAGUUAAUAAAGAAAUCGGAUUAAAUCAACAUAUUUUAUCGAAGCUGGGAACAUAUGCUAUAAAUACCAAUAUACUAAUAUGUAUACAUGACAAGGGCCGUAAACUUUGUCAAAACAUUUUAAGUGAACUCAAAUAACGAUCGCUUGAAGGCUAGAAAAAAGCAUCUGAACAACACCUGAAUUAUCUAUACGCACAUACGCUUCCAUUUUUACCUUACUGAUGUUAGACACAAACUAUUGCGCCAGUGCCGAAGUAGUGAGUGAUUUUCAAGUAAACAUGGAGCACACUACCUUCGAUGAUCAAAUUUUUAACGAUUUCUCAGGACCGCUUAGCCCUUUGGGCGCCAAGCCGCUAGCACCAAAUGUCAACGGCGUUAACUCCACUGGGGCACAUGGCGUGCAUCCUGUCAUGCUAGGACUACCGUCAAACUCAGUACUACAACACAAUAGUAGCGGCGAACUUUGUAACCAACGAUUACCCGACUGUAAUACACUACUGCCUGGAGGUUCGCCAAAGCUAGAUCCCUAUAAAACCCCUGACUAUGGUCAAAAAUUGGAAUACAGUUCAGUAAAUAAAAUGGGUUGUUAUUCGCCCACUCAGAAAUAUGAAUACAUCACAACUGUUGCGCCCAAUGGCAAUAAUCCGCACAAGCUCGAUCAUCAUUCAGCACAUUCACAACAAUACUCGGCCACACCGCCUCCUGCACCAGCCAGCGGUGGCGUCGCUAGUCCUAAUGGUCUGAUGCAUCACAAACAACUACACAAUCACCAUCAAACGCCUAUGCUAGGUGACUAUCACACACACAUGUCAGCGGGUAGUGGCAAAAUCGACUACUCGCCAAAUUCUGUGGCAGCAGCUGCCAAGUUGGAGUAUGAGCAGCACAUGCAACAGUUGUACGGCUCUAGCCCCCAUCACGCCCCACAUGGCCACGACGGCAAUGUCGGCACGGUUACACUCAACGGAAAUGAAGCUGUGCAACAAGCAAAUGGCUUAAUCUCCGGCAGUGUGACGCACACUGGCAACAGCGAUGGUGUCCUAAUUAAUUCCAACAAUGGUACCACAAGUGUGGUGGGCGUUACAAUAACUGCAAAUAAUCAAACAUCAGCAGGCAACAAUAACAAGCACAAAAAAGCAGAUGAGAUAUGUCAAAUGGCAUCAUUAAGUUCUAAUGGUGGUGAGGUGAAUUCAAAUGGUAGCAGCGGCAAUGGAUCCAACGGCAACUCCAACAGUGCCCAAUCGUCGACACCGGCAGCAAAAAACAAAAAUGAGAAAAAGAAGAGCGACCCCAAUGGCAUCAAGAAAAAGAAAACUCGAACCACAUUUACUGCCUAUCAGCUGGAAGAGCUAGAGCGGGCUUUCGAGCGAGCUCCCUACCCCGAUGUGUUCGCCCGUGAAGAACUCGCCAUCAAAUUAAAUCUUAGUGAGUCGCGCGUGCAAGUUUGGUUUCAGAAUCGUCGAGCUAAGUGGCGCAAACACGAGCCACCACGUAAAACCGGCUACAUUAAGACGAACACACCACCGACAUCUUCGAUGAACACGUCACUUGGGCCGCCAUUCGCUACAUUCCCGCAAACCACUACAGUCACGCCGCCUGGCAGCAUGGAUAGCUGGACAAGCUAUCAACCGCCAUACGAAUUGAGUCCGCAAUUCAGUUUGUUAUCACCGGCUGCCAGCCCAUACGGCACCUACUCCAGCCAAUACGGCACUUACGUACACGAAAGUCAACUAUUCCCGAUGCGUCACUUUGAAUAUGGCAGUCCGCCACGACUGGAGAUGAACGGGCCCAACAGUGGCGCCGAUGAUGGCAAUGCAUCGCAUAAAAUUCACGCAACCGAAAGCGGCUAUGGCACAUCUGCAAUCGAUGAGGCCACUGCGUCGGCGCAUAUGAGUGAUCACAAUGUCGUUGUGAUGCAUCAUCAGGUCACAAGCAACGGCAAGUAUUUAAGCAAUGAAGAGGCAAAAUAUGUAAGUGUGGGCGGUGUGACACACACAUUAAACCCGUUGGAUCCGCAUCAAUCGAAUGGUGGUUGUCACAUAGCCGAUACACAAUCGCACACACACGAUAGCAAUAUAGCGAUAAAGCAACAACACUAUGGUAGUAUUGUAGCUGGAUCGGUAAAUUCUCAAAACAUUGAGGAAGCCUGCCAUGAUGGCACCACAACUAGUAUACAAACUGUGAUCAAAAAUGAAGAUCACGGCAGUGGGUCAGGCCAGGGUGCCAAUGUGACACAUAGUUAUGUGUUGCCGCCUUUUUUGCACUAAAAGAAAUGCUCUCACAUCGAAAACAGCCACACCAAUAUCAUCAACAACAGCAAACACACUGGUCGCUACCGCCAGUUGGACCAAUAAUGCACGACACUCAAAGGCGACGACAUAUUCUACGAAAUACCAGCUACUCACGAAGUUGUUUUCAGCGUCCAAUUUGAAUGCAAUUGAGACAAACAAAUUCUAAAGCCAGCUAGAAGCUUCGUGCAUAUGGGAAAUUUAUCGUGAUGAGCAUUUCAAAAUAUAUAUAUGCAUAUUAUAUACACUUUAAUUUGAUAAUUUAGGUUCCUUUUUGUUUCUAAUAUUACAUGUUCAUGCAUGAGUAAUACAUAUGUUUGUAUAUAAAUACAUACAAGAUAUAGAUAUAAAAAAUAUAUAUAAGAA